GCAUGGCGCAGCCUAACCCUGAUGCAGAAGCAGCCGUUCGUUGAGGAAGCCGAGCGACUCCGCUUGAAGCACAUGGCGGAUCACCCAGAUUACAAAUACCGCCCUCGCCGCCGUAAGGGAAAGAAGCGUCAGGGUCGCACACGUGACGGGAGUAACGGAGAUGCUUCAAGUUCAUCUGUCCCCUCUACUCCUUCUCCAACAACACCUCAGACUACAGGACUUCCUUCGAGCGCAAUGCCAACGCCAGAAGGAUCCCCUAGGACCUCACCGACCCCAAUGGACAACAUCAAUGGCAACAUCCCAGGUGGACCGAUUGACAAUUGCAAGUACAAGUUACCCCCUUUCAACAGCAUCUACGACCCCCUCUCGAGCAACACCCUGACGCAGUACAAUAAAUCGGACUCUGGUCACAUGGUGGGCCUUCCAACCCCUGAGAUGUCACCUAUUGAUCAUUCGGAUAAUGUCUUUACCUUCCCGCCCUCUUCAUCUUCAGAUACCCUCAUGCAGCCCGACCUAUCUGGGGUGCAGGCAACGUCAAAUGCAUUUGCACCAAUCCACAGUCCUGGCAUGGCCAUCAAGUCGGAACCAAAUGGGUACGAGUACCAGCAGUGUACUGUAGACAGCAAUGAACUGGCAAACCAAGUAAAUGGAACAGCAACCAUGACUGCUAGCUCCAAUCUCAGGGCACUCGUUGCGAUGUCACAGAACCCAUGCCCUCAGCAACAAAACAUCAUUGCUGGUCAGCAGCAUCAACAGCAUGAGCAACACCAGCAUAUGCAACAGCAGAUACAUACACUUCUUUUCCAGCAGCAGCAGCAACAACUCCAGACAGUCGAAUUGCAACCGCACCAACAGAGCUUCAACAACGUUCAGAACAGCGCACAGUACCAAGGGACCCUACUGAUGAACACCUACCCAUCUCAGGGAAUGUGUGACGUCAUGCAGGCCGACGAUCUCGGCAUGACCUUCGAACAACUGUGCAAUGAGGACUUUCUCGAGGACUUUGCAAGGGAAGACUUCGACAUGUACCUGCCACAAGAGAACAAUCAGACCUGCGACAGUAAUGGCAGUUUUCUAGCUGCUCUCACAGAUGCGUCGAACAUGUCAAAUGCACAGCAAUGUUUGUAUUGAAGAACACCGACAUAUCACGGCCAAUAGUGGUGGUCGCAAUAGUAGUGAUUGACAGUACGUACAGCGGAUUUCGAGUGUUGUGAAACCUGACUCCAUUGGGAUUUCCCUCGUCCACUUUUCCGGGUUCUGAAGGAACUGUAAUUAAGAGAUUUGUUUGGGUGAUGAAAUGUAUACAUUAUGAUAAAGAUUGGUGUACUUUUAUAAUAGAAAGUAUCUUCUCAAAGAUAAGAUAUACAUUUGCGAUUUUGUUUUGGAAAUUGCUUUGAUAUUACCCAUUCAGGAAGUUCAAGGAGAAGAGGGGAGGAAGUUUGCAAACGUAAUGAACGUUUUUGAAGAGAAGGGUUUUGUUAUGUGUGUGUUCAAAGCAAUUUAUUGAUCAAAGAAUUCGGUAGAAGUACAGAUUUGAUUUUUAUGAAAUGGAUUUUUCAGAAGAGGCAGGCCAGCUUGAGGCUCUGUAUCAAAGGUACGCGAGACCCAUGGAUGUUAGACAUGCCAUUAAAAGUGUGUGAUUUAUUAUUUUCUUUACCAUAUUUAAAGAAAGGGCAUUACUCCAUGGCUCAUUAAGGCUGAUUUAAAAAACUUGGAAGCUGCACACUACUAUUAAUGUGAAUUCAAACACUGUUCAAUACACAUGCGUAAAGCCAAUUAUCUUUUUAUUUUGAUGUAACGUACAUUUUCAAAUAUUCUGUUUAAUUUUAUUUGUGUCUAUGAAAGCUAUUGUCGUACUUCCAAAGAUACACGUCAUUUUGUGAAGAGAAAACGGGAUGGGAGUGAUUUAGCUUAUAUCAGUUUUGUAUUUAAAUAUAUUUUAGAUGUUUCAUGGUGUUCCGUAUCAAGAUGUUAAUACUGCUAAAUGUGGAUUUCAGCGUCCCUAACAACCGGAUCCCCUCACCACAAUGAAGAUUCUUUAUUAGAUUAGAUGUUACUAAGUAAUGCAGUAGAAUAUAUAUUCAUACUUUAAAGUGAAAAGUUCAGUAGUUAUUAUGAUGUUGUUGGAAGUCAUACUGCGAACGAAAUUCUUACGGGAAUUCAUUGAUUACAUUUGUUGAGCUCAGCAGCAUGGCCGAAAUAUAACUUACAGAACACUCAUUUCUGGGAGAAAUCUUAUUUCAAGUUAUACGGUUUUUUUUAAUGUACGUUCUUGUUCUAUACUACUCAAUAUGUUUGUGUGUCUAAAUACUAUUGAUUUCGCGGUCAUUAUUUAAAAGCAAUGGUUAUUUUACUCGUGUAACUCGAUUUCAAAACUGCUUUGUGAACGCUUUGCAUUGUCGUCAAUCAUGUAUAAAAGCAUCAAGUUGCAUUCGGCAUUUCCCAGUCCUAUUACGCACUGUCUUCGGAUCAAAGGAAGUCCAUGUUGGAUUUCCUUUGGUCGACACAUCUCCAUGAACAUCGUCUUAAUUUCAAAUGUAUUACUUAUUUCAUGAUUUUUUAAACAGGCUCUUAUUCAAUAAUCAGCUUUUUAAUUAUAUGGGUCAGGACCCGGGUCAUACAGAAUAAGAGGUUUAAUUGCAAUCAUAACAAUGUAAUUCGCGUGUAAAAUGUCGUGACUGACAAACUUGGGUAAUUUGUACUGAUCUGGGCACAUAUUCAUAAAACCUCAAUGUGUGUACUUAUUACCUGAUUCAGUUUCAGAGUACACAAUUAUCAUGGUUUUGUGAAUAUUGGCCCAGGUUAUGAUAUUUAUGGCAUUGAUAAUAAUACGCCCAAAAUGGAUCAAACGAUUUAAUUUUGGGUAUUUAUUAAAAUUUAAUACCACAUACGGAAAACAUUUUUAUUUAACUUUUACACUAAAAUAGGCAUAAUAACCUUCGUUUCCCCAAUUCAGUUCUUGAAAAUUUAACUACACGCCCGAUGUUUCAUGUUCAAAUGCAUACGCUGUUUGAUUGUUCGGGUUGAUUAAUCACAAAUGUAUGAUUGAUACAGUGGUUCGUUUAUUUCACAAUUAUACAAUUUGGUUCAUGGUUUUCUAUGCACAUGAAAUGAUCAUUGUACAGUUAUGUUUAUGAAAGUAUACAAAAUGUAUUUCUGAUGCUUAGCAAAAGUAAUUUCAUCGCUUCCAGAUUAAAACAAAAUGGCGACGGCUAUGAAGCCCGUGGAACAGUUUUGAGUGUGUGAUUUAAUCGUACUUUCAACGCAUGAAAGUAUUUCAAUAUUUCAGGGAAUGGUGACCAAGUCUUGGAGAAAUGUGCUUUGGAUAUUUUGUUUGUUUAGAAUAUGUUUCGGCAUCGCCACUCUCUGCCAGGAGAGCGAGAUGGGAAAAAGGCUAUUGGACUUGGAUGAUUUUUAUGAAAAGAACUUGAGAACGAAAUUCUGAUUGGGAAAUCACAUAAGGAAUCCUCUAGUAAGCUGCUGCUGCUACAUAGAUUCAUGUGAUAUUUUUAAGAACAGAUGGAGUAGAAGCGAGAAAAAUAUCAAGUUUUCUUAUAUUUUGUAUUGAUUAACUUAUUCCAUUUUUUGAUUGUCAUGUUUAAUUAAGAUCUGUAAAAAAAUGCUAUACUUAACAAUUAUUUGUACUCAAGUGGAUCGCUAUGGGGUUCUUAUCCUCCAAACUAACAACAUGAUAAUAGCACGAUAAACCGACUAAUAACUUAACACCUUACAGAAGUCCAUUAAGAAGGUGUCAUUGUACGAUCAUGCAGGAUAUUGAAGAACUCUGGUUUCGAAGAGUCCGUAAAUUGGGUCAACUGGUCAAUAAUCUAUUCAAAAUAACUGACACAUGCUUCGGAAUGAAUUGCCUCAUAUGUUAAUCAAUUUCUAUUUUAUUUUGGUGAAAAAUACUCCAAACACAACCGUUAAUUGUGUUUGGUGGAAUGGGAACAUGCCUAUUAUUUUUAGUAUCAUUAUUUAUAUAUCGUAAUAUCAGUUUAGAUCGUUUCUACGACCGUUGCCUCUACUUUCAUUUUUGUGUUUAUUUUCUUGGGGAAAAUAGCAUUUACCUAUGAAUGAGGCUAUGCAGGACAUGGAUCUCUACUAUUACAAAUAAAAAAAAUCAACUGAUUAUUAACUAUUACAUUGAUUAUAAAUAAUUGGUUACAAGGAAAAUAUGUUAUUCGCAGUUCGCUACAAUUGGGUCAAUACCUAACGCUUGUUUUUUUAUAUAUGAAACCUGAUGUACAUUUUGUGAUAGCGAAAUCGAUUAUGCAAGAAAAAUCAACUUUUCUUCGCCCAAGAACUUCUCGUAUUUUUUUCACGACCAAUAUUGAUUAAAGAAAAUAGUCCUUUUCAGUGAUUAUUACAAACACCAAGACAA